UGAAAAUACUCGUAUAACGAACCCUGAUCGGUGCUUGUAGCGCACUCUAGCAAAUUCGAUCUCUUUGAUAGAAAUUUGUCAGAAUUUUCACAUUGAAAAUCAUCCCCCAAUCACAAUGAAUGCUGAAAAAUUGAAGAAAUUGCAGGCGGAGGUUCGUAUUGGUGGCAAGGGAAUGCCUCGCCGCAAGAAGAAGAUUGUGCACACAAACUCCGCCGUCGACGACAAGAAGUUGCAGCUGUCGCUGAAAAAACUUGGCGUGAAUACCAUUCCUGGAAUUGAGGAAGUUAAUAUGAUUAAAAAUGACGGCACGGUUAUCCAUUUCAACAAUCCGAAAACACAGGCUUCGCUCGCCACCAAUACAUUCGCCAUCACUGGACACAGCGAGACUAAGCAAAUUACGGACAUGUUGCCAAGUAUCAUCUCCCAGCUGGGACCGGAAGGACUCAACCAACUUAAGAAGUUGGCUAGUGCCGCAGUGGCAGAGGAUGAUGACGAUGUUCCAGAGUUGACUGAAAACUUUGAGGAGGCCUCCAAGAAGGAGGUAGAGAAUAUAACGCAGAAGGUGCAGGAGAUUCCGGUUUCAUAAACUGACGCAUCGUACUCUUCAGCUGUGCGUAUCCGCUCUGUUUGAACAUUAGUCGCUCCUUCCCUUACCCCCCAUUCAAUCGAGAAUGUGUUUCCUGGUGUACUGGUUCAGCAUUGAAGUUCUGGUGGAUAACACAUCUCUAGUAAAAUCAUCAGCACCAAAAUAGCAUUUUCAUGAUAAAAUAUUUUCAUUUUGUUUGUGCCUCGUACGAUUACAAAACAAAGUCAUCAGAUGUAUUUUCCUUCAGCUAAACGCAGUUCCAUUCUCGUCGCCGGAAUGAAAAAAAUAAUUUGCUACACUAUGACUUGUAAAUAACAGUGAAAGUUGAAGAACACGCAAAAAAAAUAAAAAUUGAUUAAAUUAACUGCAAAUAGCGAACAACUUCGUUGUGAACAACUUUUAAUAAACAAAAAUGAAUAAAGAGUAGAUUUAAGGAAUCAAACAUAAA